AUGUAUACUGUCUACAUUACUGUGGAGGUGCUGAUCGCGGUUAUCUCAGUCCUGGGCAAUGUACUUGUCUGCUGGGCAGUCAGGAUCAACAGAGCUCUCAUGGGAACCACCAUUUUCUUCAUCGUGUCAUUGGCCGUGGCCGACAUCGCCUUGGGUAUAUUGGGCAUCCCUUUGGCCAUUGUCAUCAGCUUUGGGCUCCACACGCACUUCUACAGCUGCCUUUUAAUGUCCUGCAUCCUGCUAAUACUGACUCUAAGCUCAAUCUUUUCACUUCUGGCUAUUGCCGUGGACCGUUAUCUGCGCGUCAAGAUCCCCACCAGGUAA